AUGACGAGACGCCCGGUACAUGUGAAGAAGUAUGAUGGCAAAAGACUUCGUGCUAUUUGUAGAGGAAAGUCUUGUGAAUGGUAUGUAUAUGCAAGACGGGUCGAAUCCCACAACGAUACCGAUUUUGUUGUUCUGAAUAUGCAGAGAGACCAUGCACACACAUGCUCUCAAGUGUUGGAUCAGAGAUGGCUGACGUCAAAAUGGCUAGCUGAGCGAUACAUGGAGAAGAUAAAAGCGAAUCCCCAUAUCCCAUUGGCAGCCAUAAGGCAGUGUGUGGAUGAGGAGUUCGGACUCCAAGUUGGUAGAAUGAAGGCGUACCGAGCAAGAGACAGUGCAUUGGAAGGUAUUUUUGGCAAGGCAGGACUCCAGUAUCGGAGACUUUUCGAUUACAAAGCUGAACUGGAACGGACGCACGCUGACUCUAGUGUGCACAUACAUAACGACAACUUCAGGGAUCCUGAAGUUGUGAGCCCGAGAUUCUUGAGAGGCCAACUUGUGACGGCCAUGGGAAUUGAUCCAAAUAAUGGUUGGUGGCCUAUUGCAUGGGCGGUGACUGAGGCCGAAAGCUACGAACAGUGGAAAUGGUUUCUAGGCUAUCUGGCAGAGGACCUCCUCAUACGUGAAAAUGCCCCCAGAUUUGUCUUCAUGUCUGACCAGCAAAAGAUAUGUGGUCUUGCAAAGGUAAUCCUUGAGGAUUUUCCACAGAACGAGCAUCGCUUCUGUGUGCAGCACAUAUACAACAACUUCAAGAAGCGUUUCAUCGGAGAGAAUUUUAAGGAGAUGUUGUGGGAGCUUGCGUCGAGUACAACCCAGGAAGAGUAUGUUGAGCGGAUGAAUGCACUGUGGAUUAUAUAUCCACAAGCACAUCAAUACCUACUCGGCGUAGCUCCCAAGGAAAAAUGGGUGAAGGCUUAUUUCUCUCCGCAUGUUUGUUGUGAUGUUAUCCUCAAUAAUAUAUGCGAGACCUUUAAUUCGAAGAUAGCAAUUGCUCGUGAGUUGGCCAUUGUCACCAUGUUGGAGGAGAUCAGGACAAGUCAAAUGGAGAAGAUACAGAUUAGAGGCCAGUGGAUCAAGACGUACGCUCAUGCCAUGCCGCCUGUUAUCAAAGAGAUUGUUGAUAAGUAUUUGGCGAGGGCUUCUUCAUGGAGACCCACAUGGAACGGAGAAGAUUCUUACCAAGUCUCUGGACCGUCAGGUCAGUACGUAGUGAACAUGCGGAAAUUUACUUGUUCUUGCAGACUGUGGCAGCUGAAUAGAAUCCCAUGCACCCACGCCAUCGCUACAAUCAACAAGAAUGGUAAGGAUGUAGCAGACUAUGUCUCCUGCUAUUAUUUGCGGUCCACCAUGACGCUAUUGUACGAGAAUGUCCUCUACCCAAUCAACGGGAUGGAUAAUUGGCCGAAGAACUCAGAAGUUGGAUUUGAACUGGCACCUCCUAGGACAAAGCGCCAACGUGGACGGCCAAAAAAACUGAGGCGUGAAGAUCUACAGAUCUUUACAUUCAUCACUUUUCAUGCGAAAUUUGGCUUCAAGAUCACCAUGCACAAUACUAUUGGAUCGGAGUUGUUCUUCAAACCUGUCUCGUUCGAGCUUGAUUUGUUGAAACCUAUUGUCUGCAAAGUGCAUCAUCAGAGCGGAGCAGGACUGCGACAGGGAAUGGAAUUGUCUGAAAUGCCCUUCAAGGCAAAACGGCCUUUUGGUCCGAAAAAUGGCUACAAAUAUCUCAUUCGUGAUUAG